UCACCGCGGCGGGAAUAAGAGCAGCUGCAGGCGCUGGGAGGCACAGGAGCCACUGCCCGGAUCAAGAGUCACCGCUUCUCAAGCACCGCCUGGCUCCAUCAGGAUCCCCGCAGCCUCAGCUCCAAGGCACCGCUCACCAGGUGAACCCUAAAAUUCCUGCUCAGGGAGGCAUCAUGGGCUUCCUGAAGUUCUCCCCUUUCCUGGUUGUCAGCAUCUUGCUCCUGUACCAGGCAUGCAGCCUCCAGGCAGUGCCUUUGAGGUCAGUCUUGGAAAGCAGCCCAGGCAUGGCCACUCUCAGUGAGGAAGAAGUUCGCCUGCUGGCUGCACUGGUGCAGGACUAUAUGCAGAUGAAAGCCAGGGAACUGGAGCAGGAGGAGGAGCAGGAGGCGGAGGGCUCUAGUGUCAUUGCUCAGAAGAGAUCCUGCAACACUGCCACCUGUGUGACCCAUCGGCUGGCAGGCCUGCUGAGCAGAUCAGGAGGUGUGGUGAAGGACAACUUUGUGCCCACCAAUGUGGGCUCUGAAGCCUUCGGCCGCCGCCGCAGGGACCUUCAGGCCUGAACGGAUAAUAGUCCCAGAAUGAAGGUUACACAAUAAAGAUAAACUCUAAUUCUAUUCAUGUAUAAUUAAAGUUAUGUAUAAGAAAGGCUGAUGGAAGACACAUAUAUUUGCAUCCUUCUUGGUAUUGAAAAACCCUUCUCCCUUUGACAGGAGCUAAAGCUAAGUGCAGAAUAAGUUGCCUAUUGUGCAUCGUGUUGUAUGUGACUCUGUAUUCAAUAAACAUGACAGCAUGGUUCUGGCUUAUCUGGUAGCAAAUCUGGUCCCCAUAAACCAUCCUGUUGAUACUGAUGACUCUGCUAAACCUCAAGGGGAUAUGAAACACUGCCUCUUGGUCUUCUGGGGACACAUGGUAAUGUUGUGACUCAAUGGAACCAUAUGCUUGAAGAACUCUUAAUAUUGUCACUUGUGAAUGUAAUCAAAAUUAAAAACAAAUGUAUUUUCGAUAUCCUCAA